AUGGGGGCGUUUCUUUACAGUGAUGAGUCGAGAUUUGCCACACAGUGUGACACUCUUCGAAUCUUCAUCUGGAGAGUGCGAGGAGCUCCCUAUCAUCCCUCCUACGUAAAAGAAAUCGACAGAUUUGAUGGUAAAAGAAUUCUUGUCUGGGGUGGCAUAAUGUUGGACAGUCGUACGCCACUGCACGUCUUCGAUGCGGGUACUGUCAAUGCACAUAUCUGUAGAGAUGAGAUCUUUGAAGCCUAUGUGAGGUUGUUCCGGGAUGCUUUUGGUCCAGACUUCAUAUUUAUGGUAUCAAUUCCGGGAGAGCAAUUUAUUUACAAGCAGGCGCGGACAAGGAACGUCCACAACAGUGUGGCACAAAAGCAGAAAAAUAAGAGGAGAGGGUUCACAGUGGCCUUGAAACAUCUCACCAUCGUCAAACGGCGGCACAACACCCCCACUGCAACACAUCCCUCUCUUUCCCAAUAUAGGAUACCCCCACCCUCUGUAAGGAUUAACAUCAUGGAAAGAUCAAAUAUUUGCGGAUUGUCUAAGGCAUGUGUUUUUAAGGUCCUGAAUUUUCUUUUACUAUUCCAAUGCGGAAUUGCCUUCGUAAGAGGAGCUGGACGAUCCCUGAAUCAGGUGAAAGGUAUGAAUUUGUUAAAAGGACCCACUUUAUAUUCUGACGAUUCUCCGAAUGACCCAAUGCAAAUGCCUCCAAUGUCCUUGAUGUCUCAGCCUGUCGUGGCAGCCACCUAUUACUUCAGCUCCUACAGAAGACCGGUCGGCGGGCUUGGUCAAAGCUCAGACCCAGCCGAUAGGUGCGAGGCUGCUGACGGUAGACAGGGUACAUGUUACGAAACAACUGAUUGCAUAGAACUGGGAGGAACACCUAUGGGUAGGUGCCCACAAGAAGGAGUCUGCUGCAUAUUCGACGUUCCAUGUGGCGGCGCCACGAGCGAGGUCGUCUCUUAUUUUAGGAACCCCGGGUUUCCUUUGGCGUAUGAGCAAGAGGGCACGUGCAAGAUUCGAGUGUCCAAACACUCGGAUGCCAUCUGCCAAAUCAAAUUGGAAUUUUUGGUGUUUGACCUAGCUCGACCCGUAGAGGGAAACUGUUCCCAGGAUAUGUUGGUGGUCACUGGACAAAACGAGAACAACCUUAUACCUAAAAUAUGUGGACUCAACAAUGGACAACACUUUUACGUUGACGUGGAAGACUCGGGAGCAAUAAGCCUGCAUGUAACAAUGGUUGGAGUCUACGGACGAAGAUUUAACAUGAAAAUAACUCAGCUGCGAUGCACUGGUAGAGAUGCAGCACCACCACAUUGUCUCCAAUACCACAGAGGAACUCGAGGUGCUAUCAAAAGUUUCAAUUAUGACGAACCAGGGCUGUUGGGCAUGGGUUACCCCAACAACAUGGACUAUGUCAUCUGCAUCAGAAAAGAACCUGGAUUCUGUUCGAUAACGUAUCAGUUGUCUGCCGAGGGUCGAAGUGUAGCUCCUUUCGCUGUUGGCGCCUUACCAGGAGCCGCCAAUGCAGCCACUACACUGACCGGCCCCGUGGCUGCAGAAUGCCAUGAUGAUUACGUCCUCUUUACGGGAAUCAGAGUUUGCUCAGGGCGUGUUUCACCAACAGCAGCUCCAAACAGACCAACAAGUCAACCUAACGCAACUUCUACUUAUAUACUUACAGAUGCUACACCAGGGCCAUUUUUAGUGAGAUUUGUUUCCAAUGGAUUGAGGAAUGCAAGAGGAUUUCAUUUCACCUACCGUCAAAAUCCAUGCAAAUAGUGAAAGACUAAAAGAUAUUAAAAAUAAA